AUAUAGCAAGUGCUGCAGCUAAUUUUUUUUGGCACACGCUCGCCGGCCAAUGAGCUAAGUAGACGCGCAUUGGGCGCUAGAUAUACGAAAUGGAUUUCGAAGCAGUUCUCGAGAAGUGCGGCAGCUUCGGGCGCUAUCAAUUUGUGCUAUUGGCGCUAUAUGGCUAUACGAAUAUAGUUUCAUCGCUGCAUUAUUUUUCGCAGACCAUCAUCAGCUUCACGCCGCCGCACAACUGCCUGCCCAACGACAAUGAUAUCUAUGCGUUUACGAACGGGAGGUACACAGCCGGCAAAUGCAGCUAUAUGACCUGGAAUGCCAAUGACUCGAUUUUGCAGGAGACCAAGUGUCAGUCCUGGCAGUUCGAAAAAGAAAGCAACUACGAAAGUAUAACAACUGAGCUCAAAUGGGUAUGCGACGAUGCCUACAAGCUGGCAGUGGGUCAAUCGUUUUUCUUCAUUGGCUCCGUGCUGGGCACCAUAUUCUUUGGCUAUUUGGCCGAUCGCAUUGGACGUUUGCCUGCCUGCAUCUUGACCACACUGACUGGCGCUUUUGGCGACUUUAUUACAUCGUUUGUCAGCUCGCUACCGCUCUUCUCCGCUGGUCGCUUUCUGUCUGGCCUGUCCACUGAUACGCAAUACAUAUUGAUGUAUAUACUGGUGUUUGAGUAUCUGAGCCCCAAGCGUCGCACACUGGGCCUAAACAUUGUGCUGGCCAUAUUCUAUUGCGUGGGUCUGAUGAUUUCACCUUGGCUGGCCAUUUGGGUGGGCAGCUGGCGUAACUAUCUUUGGGCUGCAUCGCUGCCAGCGCUGGGCGUGCUCUGCUAUCCCUGCUUGCUCUUCGAAAGCGCCGAAUGGCUGCUGACCAAGCGUAGAUUUGAUCAGGCAGCGCAGUGCUUGCGUCGCAUAGCCAAGUUCAAUCGCCGCGAGGUGGAUGAUUCUGUAUUCGUCGAGUUCAUCAAGUACUACAACGAAAAGCUGAAUGAAGAGCAAAAGUCCGCAACAGACACAUUCAUGGGCAUGCUAAGAACUCCACGCCUGCGUAAAUUCACCAUCAUAUUGUUUAUCAAAUCCAUGAUCAUAACGGUUGCCUUCGACAUCGCCAGUCGCAAUAUGGAGGGCAUGGGCACCUCGCCUUUUAUGCUUUUCUCAUUUACUGGCAUUACCUAUUUGCCCGCUGGGCUGACUAUAAUUCUAUUCCAGAACUAUAUAGGGCGCAAGGGCAUGGCCUGCGCCUCGUUGUUUGUAGGUGCCAUUAUUACCGCUGUUACUGGCUUUUUGGUGGCCACCUUUGAUCCUGCUGAGCAUGCGAUGCUGCUGGCUUUAAUGGUAGGCCUGGGACGCUAUGGCGCUGUGGUCGCCUACGAUGCUGAAGCGCAAUACGCUGCUGAGAUAAUACCCACUAGCGUGCGUGGGCGUGGCAUGUCCAAUAUACAUGUGGUGGGCUAUGCGUUUGGCUUCUUCAGCUCAUAUAUCAUAUUUCUGGGCACCUACUAUAAGCCGCUGCCAUCGCUGUUUAUUAGUCUGCUAAUGUUUAUUGGCGCUGCGCUGUGCUUGACCUUGCCGGAGACCUUGCAUCAAAAAUUGCCACAGACUUUGCAGGACGGCGAGACAUUUGGUCGGGGCCAAAGUUGGUAUUACUUUCCCUGUUGCAGUCGAAACCGAAAACCAACUGCUGCUGUAAUGGAAACUGAAGCUGAUAAGCUGUGAAUUGUAUGCACGCUUUUACUAAAUUAUAUUU